AUGGGUUUUACCAGCGCCCAUUUGCUUUGCAAUGGACCCUUGCGAGACGGCCCUGGCCUCCGCGCCGUCAUAGUCGUAUUUGGAAGCUUCAUGCUUGCCUUGCUGUUCGCCGCGAACGCCGUUGCUUUGGUUUACGAAGCCCAGGUCGCCAGUCCCGAGUUUCGCGCAAAGUUUAACGACUUUUUUUGCGACCUGCGCGGUGAUGAGAUUUGUGCUGAUGAAGGCCAAGUUCGUAAAGUGCUGGGGAUGGCGGCUUCUAGUGACAACACGACAGUAAAGUUGGAGUCCGUGACGCGCGUCUGGGACUACUGCAGAGCUAAGGUGUUGAAUAUGGCGUAUCUUCAAAUGCAACCUGCUACUCAAUUACAAAGGGGACACUUUUCAGCUGACACACACAGUCAGAGUCUUCUCAAGGAUUCUUUCAACAUCACAGACGCAGUUCACAAGUGGUGCGGGAGCAAGGCAAUCGGUCGCUCAGUUAAUACAACGUCACCGUCUUCUCCAGUUUCAAUAAAUCCGGAAGGCUAUCGCUCGUUGCAGACCCAGUGGCCUGAUUGCGUGAAGACUGAGUCGAUUUUUAUGGGCGUGGCGCUGGUUUGUAUGGCGUUUGUGUGCAUUAUCGAUCGAAGUGGCGAGGGGAAAACUGAGCAAGCUGGUGAUGAUUGCAAGCCGAUGAAGACCAAAAUGACGCAAGAAAUGACAACGGAAUCUGGACGUGUAGAGCUCAUACACUUCUAUCGUUUCUUGGAACAACAACACAUAAUAUUUGUGCUGAGAUUUGGCUCGUACGGAUUGCAUUAUCUAAGCGUGAGGAUUUUUUGA